GGGGAACUUUGAUAUUAGGAGUUUGGCAAUAUUGCUUCUACUUUUGACUCUGUAGUCUUUUGUAAUUUGUUUGUAUUGUCUUUUCCAUUUAGAAUUUUAUAGUGAUCGUAAUCUGUGGUCUUUUCCUGUUUUCCUGUGGAGGUUGUGAGACGUCUGCCACAGUGUUCCCAAGAUGGGCGCCUACAGAUAUAUCCAAGAGUUGUAUCGGAAAAAGCUUAGCGAUGUGAUGCGUUUCUUGUUGCGCGUGAGAGUCUGGCAAUAUCGGCAGUUGACUCGCAUGCACCGGGCGCCAAGGCCCACAAGACCAGACAAGGCUAGGAGGCUGGGAUACCGCGCCAAGCAAGGUUAUGUUAUCUUCAGAAUCCGUGUUCGCCGCGGUGGUCGCAAGCGCCCGGUCGCGAAGGGUGCCACCUACGGCAAGCCCAAGAGCCACGGAGUCAACCAGCUGAAGCCUACACGCAACUUGCAGUCCAUUGCUGAGGAACGUGUUGGUCGUCGGUGCGGUGGUCUACGUGUGCUCAACUCCUACUGGGUAGCUCAAGAUUCCUCAUAUAAAUACUUUGAAGUUAUCCUUGUUGAUCCUUCGCACAAGGCAAUCCGUCGUGAUCCCAAGAUCAACUGGAUCGUGAAGGCAGUACACAAGCAUCGUGAGAUGCGCGGGCUCACAUCUGCUGGGAAGAGCUCUCGUGGUCUUGGAAAAGGCCACCGUUACUCCCAGACCAAGGGUGGAUCGAGACGUGCCGCUUGGAUCAGAAGAAACACGUUACAGCUGCGUCGCAAACGAUAAAUACGCGGCAUAUGUGGCUAUUGAGUUUCUAUUUGUUUAUACUUGGAUAUCUAUUUUCAAAUGGAAAUUCAGUAGUUUUUAAUUAAAAAAAGUUAACUUUA